CCGCUGCGGGAGCGUCCGCCAAGGGAGCUGCCGAGUCGCUGCCGCCGCCGCCGCCUGGGUGAGCUCGGGGUGCCCCGGGCGGUCGGCGGGAAGCCGAGGCCAGUCAUGGGCCUAAUCUUCGCCAAGCUGUGGAGCCUCUUCGGUAGCCAAGACUCUUCUCUUCUGCUCUCUCAACUUUGUUAUGGAUUUUCUUCUUCUUUUGCCAAGAACAUGGUGGACUGGGAAGAUAUUCAUGAAUACAACCUAAGCUGAGUUUGAAUACCAGCCAGUGAAAGGGAGAAACUUGGGUUAGUCUAGCACAAAGUAAUUAUAGUGGGACUUGAUAAUGCUGGAAAGACUACUAUUCUUUACCAGUUCUUAAUGAAUGAAGUGGUUCAUACUUCUCCAACCAUAGGAAGCAAUGUAGAAGAAAUAGUGGUGAAAAACACUCAUUUCUUAAUGUGGGAUAUAGGAGGACAAGAAUCAUUACGGUCAUCGUGGAAUACCUAUUAUUCAAACACAGAGUUCAUCAUUCUGGUUGUUGACAGCAUUGAUAGAGAGCGACUUUCUAUUACAAAAGAAGAACUUUAUAGAAUGCUGGCUCAUGAGGAUUUACGGAAGGCUGCGGUUCUCAUCUUUGCAAAUAAGCAGGACAUGAAAGGCUGCAUGACGGCUGCCGAGAUAUCUGCAUACCUCACCCUCAGCUCCAUAAAGGAUCACCCGUGGCACAUUCAGUCCUGCUGUGCUUUGACAGGAGAAGGAUUGUGCCAAGGCUUGGAGUGGAUGACCUCUCGUAUUGGAGUGGCAAAGAGGUUCAGUAUCCCCAAAGCAGGGAUUCUUUCCAGCUGUUUAAACACUGCACUCAGUAACGUGAAGAGGACUUGAGCACAGCUGCUCAAAAUAUUUGUCAUCAAAAUAAAAUUGAGUUGU